UCCUCCCCUCGGUAUUAUGGCGUCUCAGACUCUCAUCGUCGACGAGCAGACAAGCUCCGUCGCCAGACGACCCAACGUCAAGAUGAAACUGUUCCGCUGGUCGAAGUUCUCACCGGCCAAUGUCUAUCGCCACAAGGUGCAGUCGACGGCCGGUUGCGGCCUGACGGUGUGGACGGCGCCUCGGCGACUUCGGCUCGUGGAGAGUCUGUCGUCGGGGCCGACGCCGACGAGGCGUGUACGGCGAAACCGAUUGAACUCGACUUUUCCCAAUUGGAAAGUCUGUUCGCGGCGAGACAGCCGAGUCUGGGAGUCGCGUUGCUCGACACGAAAAACGCGCUAACCUGCAGAAAUGGCGGCAGUUGCGCGGCUCUGGGGCUCCGGCCCGGGGCGGAGGCGACCGGCGAAGGGUGCGGCUCGAGCCGUGGCAUCAUGAAGAUGCGCCAGUCGAUGGGGUUAUCGCACGGACCGGCCGAGUUGGGAGACCGAGAAAAGGGGACUCGAAACGGUUGCGUCAACGCUGGAGACGACGAGAUUGGUGCAUCAGCGGCGACGGCGACGGCGACGGCGACGGCGUCAACUGCCAGUUUGGAGGUCGGCGUGGAGCCAACCAAAUCGUCCGGCGACGACAGCUUCCUCCUCGGACUCGAGCGACUCGAGGGAGCCACGGGACUCGAGGGCAACGGCUUACGUGCUACCGACGGCGAGAAUGUCGGGGUCAGAGACGGUGACGAGUCGCCGCUGCCAGGAGAUCGGUUCGAAUCGGCCCGACGCUCGGUCGAGUCGGACCAGGCCUCAGCUUCGCCACGGGCCUCGCUGAGGCUGCGCGGUUGCGCAGGCCUUGACAACCCGGCUGAUGCCGGAAGACCGAUGGAGAUGAGAGGCACUCUGUUGCGAAAUCGCUGCGGCGACCGGGUGCUAACAGAGGUCAGCUCAAGAUUCUCGAGGCCAAGCAGGGUACCAAAACUGUUGACUUUACCUACAUUUCGAGCGAAAGUGUUGAUGAAGAGAUUUGAUGCUCGACCCUUCAAGAAGACGAUGCGGAUUUCUCUCGAGCAUCUGUCGAUUGGCUCCACCGGAACAUUCUUGUUGAUUUUGUUUCUGAGGCAAUCUUCUCCGAUUUCGAUGAAAACAUGCCAAGCUUUCUAG